GCGGGAACAACAAGAAGACCACUCGAAGGUCGCUCAGUAAAAACAGAAGGGGCAGCUAUCUAUCUAGCUUGCACGUCGUUUCCACUCGAUCUUGCUCCUAUUCGAAGCAAGCCGUGUCAAGAACUUUUUUUUUCCGAUACCAAACACCUUAAGCAGAAAAGAUGGCAUUCACCCCUAGAGGAGGAUCCCGAGGCGGUCGCGGCGGUGAUCGCGGUGGUCGCGGCGGUAGUCGAGGAGGAUUUGGAGACCGUGGUGGACGCGGUGGAGGCUCUUUCGGCAGAGGCGGUGGCCGUGGAGGAGGAGGUCGUGGUGGAAGAGGAGCACCAAGAGGCCGCGGUGCUGGUGGUCGCGGUGGCCGUGGAGGUGGUGCCCCUGGUGCCAGAGGAGGUGCCAAAGUGAUUAUUGAGCCUCACCGACAUGCUGGUGUAUUCGUCGCACGAGGUGGCAAGGAAGACCUUUUGGUGACGAAGAACCUUACUCCCGGCGAGAGCGUCUAUGGCGAGAAGCGCAUCAGCAUUUCAAAUACUGCCGCUGCCGCCAACAACACGGAUGCGCCCGCUACCACGACCGAGUACCGUGUCUGGAAUCCUUUCAGGUCCAAGUUGGCUGCUGGUAUCCUUGGUGGUGUUGAUAACAUCUACAUGGGUCCUGGCUCAAAGGUUCUUUACCUUGGUGCUGCAUCGGGAACCAGUGUCAGUCACGUUGCCGAUAUCGUCGGUCCCGAGGGUGUUGUUUUCGCUGUUGAGUUCUCUCACCGUUCUGGUCGUGAUUUGAUCAACAUGGCCACUCACAGGACAAACGUCAUCCCCAUCGUUGAGGACGCUCGUCAUCCUCUGAAAUACCGCAUGUUGGUCGGUAUGGUCGAUUGUAUCUUUGCCGAUGUUGCCCAGCCUGACCAGGCCCGUAUCGUCGGAUUGAAUGCCCAUCUCUUCCUGAAGGCUGGCGGCGGUGUCGUCAUCAGUAUCAAGGCCAGUUGCAUUGACUCUACCGCUGCUGCCGAGGCUGUCUUUGCCAUGGAAGUCGAGAAGUUGAGGAAAGAGAAGAUCAAGCCCAAGGAGCAGUUGACUCUAGAGCCCUUCGAGCGCGACCACGCGCUCGUCGUAGGUGUCUACAACCGGGGCGACUAAGCGAUCGUGAGGGGCUGAUGUGUCUGGAAAUAAAUUCCAUGUAAAGUUCUGGAUGACGGGUAUGGGGUGCAUGGGUAUGAUCCUUCGUGGCUUAUAGUUUAAGAGAGGUACCUGUAUCUCUCUCUCUCGGUGAUUGACAUUUUCCGGCGUAACAGGCGCUAGAACUGCUCGGGUCAUUUGUUAGUUUGGUAAAAGCAAUCAAAUCGAAUCAUACCAAC